AUGGCCACCGCGGUGGCUUCUUCACACAGCUCCCACUACCGCCCUGCCGUGUGCAGCAGCAGCCCCGUCGUCUCGCCUCUUUCCAACAACUGUCGCGUGCGCGUCAACCCCAGCUCCGCUUGCGUCGCGAGACCAGAGGACGCCGCGGAUAAGGCCAAGGCCGCCGCGAGCAGGCGUGGGCACUGUCAUCGUGCCCACGACGAGAAGCCGCGACGGACGACGUCGCCGCCGGUGAUGAGGCGCCGACGACGCGACGCGUCCCCUGACAGGAAGAGGAGGAGGGGAAGCGACGCUCGCGCCGACUACUACAGGAGGCCGGACGACGCUCACCGCCGUGGCCGCGACGACGACGCCCACCGCGCGGCCGAUAAGAACAAGGAGAGCGAGGAGCGGGACCGUGCGCGCGAGGACGACACUAGGAGGAGGAGGAGCAGCUCGCGAUCGUCCAAAGAGCGGAGAGCGCCGCGGGCGUAUCCAUCUCCCUCCCCCGCCGCGCAUCAUCAUCAUCAUCCGGCGGCCGAGUCCAUCGCGAGGCCUCGAGCUCUCGCCGUCGACGAAGAGAGAAAGCGGUCGACGGAGAAGGAGGCGGACCAGGCGGAAGACGCCGAAGCCAGGCGCAGACGGGACGAGCUCCAGCGGAGGAGGGAGGAGGCUCGGCGGGAGCUGGACAAGGUGGUGAGGACUGUGUGGUUCAACGACCCCUACAUCUGUCCCACGUGCGUGCUCAACACGAUGCCAAGGUGGUCGUGGAGUGAUGUAGAGGAAGGAGAGGUGGUCUAG